AUGUCUUCCAUUCCUCAAUUCUACUCCGAGUACUGCACAUUCCCUAGUCAUCUUUCAGAGUUCUCUACACCAACGUCGACGUCUGUGCCUGGGGUUGGUGCUCAUCCAAUGUGGAGUACUAGUCAUCAGGAAAGCUUAGUGCCACCAUUAUUUGAUAAUGCUCUGCUCGAUCAUGUUGUUUCGCCACAAUCCCAGAUCACAUCAUCGGUCAGGAUGUCAUCCUAUCCCGGCGGGAAACUAGGGACAUUGGACUUUGCAGCCGUGUCUGACUACUAUAAAGUGGAUUUGUCUGCAGCCAUGCCUGCAGGGGCUGGGCUUGACAAUUUUGGUGCCGCCUUCCAACCCAAUAUGUGCCAGUUCAGGGAGGACUAUUGCUGUGGAUUUCUCGACGAUUUUAAGCCCCUUUUUCCUGCUGCUGGGGAAAACUGGGGAAUUCAAGGUAAUCAAGCGCCAGCGAUUGAAGAAUCCAAUAUCAAAGUUGGACGGUACUCGGAGGAGGAAAGGAAGGAAAGGAUUGUAAGAUAUUUGAAAAAGAGAAACCAAAGGAACUUCAACAAAACCAUCAAGUAUGCAUGUCGCAAGACCCUAGCUGACAGGAGAGUUAGGGUUCGUGGGAGAUUUGCAAGGAACAGUGAACUCUGUCAAGAGACCACAAUGCUAGUCAUCAACAACGACGACGAUCCUCACAAGCAGGAAUCCUGCUGUAGUAGUGAUGCCACCGAGAUAAAAACGGACGACGACGACUGGCUGCAAGAGGCUAUGGCAAGUCUAAUGUAUUUACCAUAUAUUGCUGGGUGAUAGCUUAUGCAAAUUCACAAACCAAUGUAGCCAGCCUGUAGGGACGUUUAAAUAGGGCAUGCCUUUUUAUUUUAUUUUGCUUA